AUGGUUGCCAGACUGACCGGUCGGGAGGCUGCAAUCUUCAAUGAGAAACUUGACUCCUUUACGCAACUAUAUGAACGUCUCAGUAACGCGAUAAAGGCACUAAGCGAAGCCGACAAGGAUGUUGUCAAUCGACGUGGCGAAGAAGUGGAAGCUACCACAUUAGGCCCAGACACGAUCUUGCCGAUGAGCGGGGCAGCGUUUGUAAAUGGCACAGCGAUGCCUAACAUAUUUUUUCACCUUACUAUCGCCUAUGCGAUCUUUCGAAAGGAAGGCGUACCGCUUGGAAAACGGGACUAUAUCACAAGUUUUGUCGCCCCACAAAUCUUCGGGGCCCAAUAG